GUUUCACUGCCAUAUACGAUUUGAUAGGUUAUGUCAAAUGUGAUCAUUAAAGUUACGAAAUGUAUUUGAAAAAUAUUGUAAAUCAGUCGAAAAUGAUGAAAAUAAAUGAACCCCAGUCCAGAUUUUUCACCACGCGUGCGUUGGAAAACUGGAAAACCACCAGUGAAAAGUUUAACGAAAAAAUUAAAGGGACGAUUCUAGAAAAAUGGGUGAAAUAUUGGAAAGUUGUGGCCAAAGACUACCAAGACGUCGCACUUAAUGUGAAACAGGAAAUUAAGCAAAAACCUUUAAAAUCAACUGUGUUUUUCACCGGGUCUGCUUUUUUAGGGCUAUGCCUGCAUCUAAAUCCUGAUCUAAAAAGUUUUAGGUCGAAGUACAUCGAAUCAGCCAACAAUUUAAGUUUAGUGCCACUGACGCUGGCAAAUCCAAGAUCCGUAGAACAUUUAAAGCACAUCGAAAGAUGUUUCAAUCGUAAAUUCAUUCGCUAUCAAAACCUGGGAUUAUUUUCAAUUAUGUGGGUAGACAAACGUAGUAAGGAGUGCGAUUCAUAUGAAAGCAACUGUUCAUAUUUAAAGGUUCCAUUUUGGAAUGUUAGCAGCCGAAUUUUAGACGUAGGCUUUUUGAAUGUAUGGUGGAUUAUUUCAAGGCAGAUGCUAGAUUAUGAUAUUAAUUAUUAAGUGUGCUCUUCUGUUAUUCACCUUAAAUUCUUCAUCCAUCAAACGAUCACUGUUAAACUUUCUCACCAGCAGUUUUGGUACAGGACUCAUGUCUCUGGCUCCUGAAUCCCAUUCCCAGCUAUCUAAUUUACCUGAAACAACACUCUAUUAGGCCUGAACUUGGUUAUUGGUUAAAUAAAUCAAUUUUUCACUGAAA